AUGUCUCACCUCAACAAGAUUGCCCCCAACUCGCCUUCGCGCCAGAACCCCUCGGAGAUUGAGACCAGCAUCGCCACUGCUCUCUAUGAGCUCGAGAACAACAUCCAGGACAUGCGCGCCUCCCUGCGCCCCCUGCAGUUCGUCUCUGCCCGCGAGAUCGAGGUUGGUCACGGCAGAAAGGCCAUUGUCAUCUUCGUCCCUGUUCCUCAGCUCCAGGGCUUCCACAAGGUCCAGCAGCGCCUGACCCGUGAGCUCGAGAAGAAGUUCUCUGACCGCCACGUCCUCAUUGUCGCUUCCCGCCGCAUCUUGCCCCGUGCCAAGCGCAGCAACCGCUCGCGCACCACCCAGACCCAGAAGCGCCCCCGUUCGCGCACUCUGACCGCUGUCCACGACGCCAUCCUUGCCGACCUCGUCUACCCCGUCGAGAUCGUUGGUAAGCGCAUGCGCACCAAGGAGGACGGCACCAAGGUCCUCAAGAUCGUCCUCGACGAGAAGGAGCGUGGUGGUGUUGACUACCGCCUCGACACCUACUCUGAGGUCUACAAGAGACUCACCGGCAAGGGUGUCAACUUCGAGUUCCCCGUCGCUGCCGCCGAGUACUAAAUGUAUUCUAAUUGAGGGAUGAUUUGCGUCCAAAUCAUAAAAGUCUUGGUCUCUUUCAGCUUCUUCAAUUCCAAAAAAAUGUGUUGUCACGUGGGGGCGCCUGGCGCUGGGAAAGUCAAGGGAUACUUGUUAAGGUAGACGAAUACCACGCAUGACACCGUCAGCUAUACCCUUCAUCCUUUUUAAUCGGGUCAAUCAUGAGUUAUGUCCUAUUCAUCUUUGCUCGUUGCCAUGUUGUCCUUCUUACGUGUUAACUGUUCUCUCAUGCACUGCAAAUCCAAAGUCUCGAUUGCAGAUAUCGUUGUUGAAUGUGGUCUUGAUGUGUCUUAUUCUAAUUAUGUUGUGGAUGGUCAAGUUGUUUUAACAUACAUAACCCCAGA